CAAGCCAUUCCCAGGCAGUCUAUUCAGAUCAUCAAGAAGCAAUACGUACAAGGGAAGGAGCCUGAGGUUAUCACUAUUCACCCACGCAGUAUGUUCAUCUCAGAAGAAGGAUGGACCUUCUUAGCAGCAGAUUUCUCCCAGGUGGAGCUGCGUCUCCUGGCUCACCUGUCCUCCGACCCCGAGCUGCUCCGAGUCUUCCAGGAGCCCCUGGCCGCAGGAGAUGUCUUCAUCUCGCUGGCGUCUCAGUGGAAGGGGCUUCCUGAAGGCAAGCUGAAGCCGGAGGACAGGGAGCAGGCCAAGCGGAUCGUCUACUCCGUGGUGUACGGAGCAGGUAAAGAGCGCCUUUCUGAGAUACUUGGGCUGACUGCUGAGCAGGCCGGCCAGUUUGUGGACAGUUUUCUGCAGAAAUACAAACAGGUUCGGGCAUUUACACAGAAAACCAUCCAGCAGUGCCAAGAUCAAGGCUGUGUUGUAUCUAUCAUGGGGCGUCGACGCCAUCUUCCACACAUCCUGUCACCCGACUGGACCCUCCGAAACCAGGCAGAGAGGCAGGCUGUCAACUUUGUGGUUCAAGGCUCAGCGGCGGACCUGUGUAAAAUGGCCAUGAUCAGGAUUUUUUCUCACAUCGCGUCCUCCCCCACUCUCACUGCAAGGCUGAUUGCUCAGAUACACGAUGAGCUGCUGUUUGAAGUGGAAGACUCUCAAGUUGAAGAGUUUGCAGGAGUUGUACAAACCACUAUGGAGUCCUUGCAGCACAUUGAUUGUUUUGGAGUACAUCUGAAGGUCCCGUUAAGAGUCAUGCUGUCCAGCGGAAAGUCCUGGGGUUCGCUGGCUGAGCUGGCGAGACCGAGGAGCCUCCCCCAUCGGCUCUGAGCCCCGGCAGCCUCUCUCUGGUUCUCUGUCGCCAGGCAACCGCGCAGCUGCUGCUUCCAUCAGCGGCGCAUUCCUGAGAGGUCUCACUUUCCCUCUGUCUGUAGCCCGGGGCAACGGCGAGAGGACCAGACCGGUUUUCUCCAGUUUCUCUUUUCCUUUCUUUCUCCGUGGCAACUGCGAGGGGAGGGGAGGAGGGGGGUGCGUUAUACUGUCGUUCUCCUCAGCCCUGCUGCACAGGCACGGGGCUGAAGCGCAACUUAUCGGCCGUGCGUCGAUUUUUAAAAGGCAGCUAACAUUUCCAGAGGUGUUUUCUGUUCUAUUUAUAGAAGGUUCAUUGUUCCAAUAUACAAGAAAUCGCCGUCCAGAAAGAAGUGCUGUUAACUAGCAAGAAUUUCGAUAUCCAGUUUCCCUAGACCCCUGAAUGAAGAUGAGAAGGGCUGGCGAAUCUAAAAAAGCCAGAAAUCUGACAGGAGGUCCAGAGGCUUUAAUGUGUAUUCAUAUAACUCUUGUAGUACCGCAUUUUGGGUUUUUUUUCCUGUAUGUAUUCUUUCUCGGAUGUGUUUUCCCUUGACGGCAACAGCAGUUCUAACAGUCUAAAAGAGGGGUCUCCAGUCCUGGUCCUGCAGAACCACAGUCCAGUUAGUCUUCUAGGUCUCUCUACAAAAUGGAGAACAAAACAGGUGGCUUUUUUUACGAUUUGCUGUUGUAAAUUCAGUCCUCACACAUUUGCCUUGAUGAUUUUAGAAGGCAAGAAGCCGCGAUGUGCAGGAGCCAGUGACACGCUGUUGCUUGUGCUUGUCGCUGGCCUGCGGGUUGGGUCCUGAGACACGUUCCGCUCCAGAAGCCCGGGUGCUGCUGACCUCAUCCCCAGGUGUGACUAAUAUCCCAGGGUGAGAGAGCUCCUCUUCUCCCUGCUCCGCACUUGUUAAUCUCCUGCAGGAGCCUGAGCGUGACGCACCUGCAGCCCGCACACUGUCAAGAGAGGGGCCAGCAGCGAAAAGCGCCGCUGUUCCCUUGUCCCUUGCCUGCAGUGACAUCAGCACUUUCUUCUGGACAUGCACCAAAAUAAUUGUUGACAUUUACACUAUGCAAGCCCGUUGUGGAUCCUGUUAAAGCUGGAAGUUCUCGUUCUGGUUACCUGUUAGUGCGUUUUUCCUCAAUAAAGAUCCCUUGUGCAA